AUGAAGGGAAUCGAAGUCAAGGAAUAUGUCAAGUCCCCAACGGAGCUCAAGGUGGCGGAGCUUGCAGACCCUGUGCCCAAAGAUGACGAGUAUCUGAUUGAGGUUCGCGCGGCGGCCACCAAUUUCUUUGAUGUCCUUCAGAUUGCGGGCAAAUACCAGAACCAACCACCCUUCCCAUGGAUUGCGGGCGCCGAGUUCGCUGGUGUCGUCAUUUCAACGCCUAAGGGGUCCAAGAACCCCCAGUUUCCCAAGGGAGCCCGGGUUUUCGGCGCUACUCAAGGAGCAUAUGCGUCCAAGUGUGUUGCUAAGGAGGUGGCCAUGCUGCCUGUCCCUGAGGGCUGGUCGUUCACCGAGGCGGCCGGUCUGUUCGUCACUGCCCCUACGAGUUACGGCGCCCUUGUGGUGAGGGCGAAUGUCAAGCAGGGAGAUUAUGUGUUGGUUCAUGCGGCGGCUGGUGGAGUUGGUCUGGCUGCUGUUCAAGUUGCCAAAGCAUUCGGCGCUACAGUCAUUGCAACAGCAUCUACCCCUCGCAAAUUGGAAGUUGCCAAGUCGUUUGGCGCAGACCACGUCCUCGACUACAAGGACCCGGAGUGGCCGGCCAAGGUCAAGAAGCUUACUCCCAAGGGUCGCGGUGUUGACAUUGUCUACGACCCCGUCGGUUUAGUAGAUAAAUCUACCAAGUGUACUGCCUGGAAUGGCCGUAUCCUGAUUGUUGGAUUCGCCGGUGGCGCCAUUGAAAAGGUUGCCAUGAACAAGGUACUACUCAAGAACAUUUCUCUGGUGGGCAUCCACUGGGGUGCGUAUAGCAUCAACGAGAGAGAGACUAUUCCCGUAGUGUGGCAAGGCAUUACGAAGCUGGUCAAGGAGGGGAAAUUCCGUGGAACCGAGUUUACAGAUGAAGAGUUUGUAGGAUUAGAUAGAGUCAGUGAUGCACUGGUCGCGUUGUCAGGGCGUGGGACUUGGGGAAAAGUUGUGGUCAAGGUGCCGCAGGAGGGAGGUAGCCGGCUGUAA